UGCAGAAGAAGAAUUGGACUGCGCUGCUGGUUAGUGUACUCUCCAAACGCUUUUCCCGUCCAGUCGGUUUCGCUCCGUUGGCAAAACCAGCCACGAAAGCAAUAAGAAGAAGAAGAACAAGUCCAGCAACAGCGCCCAGCCAAUUACAGGAAUGUUUUCAAGUGCAACGUCGCCGUUGUUUACGACUAGCGUGUUGAUGGUGUUCAUGGCCUCUUGGUGCGUUCCAGCCGGACGGGCCCAAACCUACGACAGAUGCCAACUCGCCCGCGAUUUACUCCACAAAUACAAACUGCCGGCCAAUCAAAUCUCUCAGUGGAUCUGCCUGGUGCGCUGGGAAAGUAAUUUCAACACGUCAGCCAUCGGCUCUCUCAACUCUGACGGGUCGCUCGAUCACGGACUAUUCCAGAUCUCCGAUCUUUUUUGGUGCGAUCACCAACAGGGGAUGGACAGCGCCUGCGGCCUCACUUGCGAAAGUCUAAGAAACGAGGAUAUCAAAGAUGACGUCAUCUGCGCCAAGCGAAUCUUCCGCCAACACCAACACCUGACUGGAAACGGUUUCAACGCAUGGGUGGCGUGGAGGCUUCACUGCCAGGGCGAUACGGAUUCCUACACGGCCGAUUGUAAUACCAGCAGCAGCAGCCCAUCAGCGGCCAACGAUUCGUCGGGCGCCGAUCGGGAGCGGAAACCGCAAUUGGCCGCUCAACCAGAAAACCCGCAACAGUCCAACAGCAACUGGCUCUGGUCCCCGUUCAGUCAUGCAUUUCCGACCGGUUGGCUUUUCUUUUGAGCACACAGAACAGAAAAGAAAUAAAACGAAACUUACACACACACGUA